GCGGAGAAUAACCUUGCUCAAUGCUCAUGAUAGACACCGUUUACUACCUGUCUCGCAUUAGGCGAAUUGUAUGAAAAACACUUGUCGUAGUAGAUUGAUCAGGAUGAAGAUUGAUAUUCAUAAUCACAUUUUACCCAAGGAAUGGCCCAAUCUGAAAGAGAGAUAUGGAUAUGAUGGAUUUAUCCAGCUUCACCAUCACUGCAAGGGGGAAGCAAAAAUGAUGAAAGAUGGGAAGUUGUUCCGUGUGAUCCAGGAGAACUGUUGGGAUGCAGACGCAAGGAUUCGAGACAUGGAUGCACACGGGGUGACGGUCCAAGCCUUGUCCACAGUGCCUGUCAUGUUUAACUACUGGGCCAAACCUCAUGACACCCUGGACCUGUGUGGGAUUCUGAAUGACGACCUGGCUAAGACAGUGGCGCUCCACCCCCGACGCUUCGUGGGGUUGGGUACCCUGCCCAUGCAGGCUCCUGACCUGGCUGUGCUGGAGAUGAAGCGUUGUGUUAGGCAGCUGGGCUUCCCUGGUGUCCAGAUCGGCUCCCACAUUAACACCUGGGAUCUUAACGCCCCCGAACUCUACCCAAUCUAUGCUGCUGCUGAGGAACUGAGCUGUUCCUUGUUUGUACACCCAUGGGACAUGCAGAUCGAUGGGAGGAUGGCCAAGUACUGGCUCCCCUGGUUAGUGGGUAUGCCAUCCGAGACUACCAUGGCCAUUUGCUCAAUGAUCUUCGGAGGUGUCUUUGAGAGAUUUCCCAAGUUGAAGGUCUGCUUUGCUCAUGGAGGGGGUUCUUUCCCGUUCACUAUUGGCAGAAUUGAACAUGGGUUCCAGGUCCGACCUGACCUCUGUGCUGUGGAUAACAAAGUCAACCCACGGAAAUACCUGGGCUCCUUCUACACUGACUCCUUAGUGCAUGACCCCAUCGCCCUCAAGCUACUUAUUGAUGUGAUUGGAAAGGAUAAGGUGAUGUUAGGAACAGACUAUCCAUUCCCACUGGGUGAGCUGCAGCCAGGAACAUUAAUAGAGUCCAUAAAGGAGUUUGAUGGUGGUUUAAAGGACAAACUGCUUGCAGGCAAUGCACUGGACUUUUUGGGGAUUAAAAGAGAACAAUUUCAGUGAUUUACAGCAUGAAGAUAUUGUCAAAACAAAAAUGGAAAACAAUGUUUGACUUUCAAAUUAAUCUUGAGUAUUGGCAGGUCCAUAAAACAAAUACAACCUAUUGCGUGACCAAAAUGUGAAUAUUUAAUUAUGAAGAUAUUUUUCAUCUAUUUAGCUAAUUUAUCGUGAUUUUUGUUUACAGUGUUGGAAGUCAUCUGUGGUCAACCCUCUUUUUGCUGUUUAUGACUAAAUAAAAUUUAAUGUUGAUUUCAAA